AUGGCCAAAGGCAGCGCCUCUGAUCAUGACGGGGAGCUCAUCAAGGCUUGGGCCUCCUUGUCCACGUUGUUGCCAUCCCGCGGCCCAGACUGCGACUAUUGGUGGCAGCUUACGGGGAUGCAUCUGGCCAGCCUGAUGGAAGCGGCCGGAUACGCAAUCGAGAGGCAAUACGAGGCUCUUUUGUUUCACUACCACUGGAUGAUACCUUACAUGGGCCCAGCACCAGGGCCCGACGGGAGACUCGAAUGGCCAACUCCGCUCACAGUGGAAGGGCUUCCAGUAGAGUACUCCUGGAAAUGGAAUACUGCCACCAGACGACCCGUAGUUCGCUACACCAUCGAGGCCAAGAAUGGCUUCACUGGAACGUCCAUGGAUCCGCUGAACCAGGAUCCGUCGCGGGAGCUCCUCCAUCGCCUUCAAAUGGCGCUACCUGGUGUCGAUCUGACGUGGUAUAACCACUUCUUGGCCACCCUCUACGAUCAUGACCGAUCCAAGUACGCAGACGAGGUUGCGGCAGGCGCAGAAUACACCACGUCAAUCAUGAUUGCAGCCGAGCUUGAAGCGGAUGGUCUAUCGACCAAGACGUACUUCAUUCCCCAAAAGGUUGGUCUGAGUCUAGGCGACUUGCCCGUGUCUUCUCUGAUGAAAGCAAUUGCGGGGGUUUGCCCUGAAAGCGCAGCCAAACGUAUGCUUGAGGAAUUUCUGACCACCUUUGACGGAAUCCUUCGGCCAACAAUGCUGGCCGUCGACAAUGUCAAGCCAUCAGAGUCACGGCUCAAGUUCUAUUUCCAGUCACCUCGCACUGAUUUUUCGUCGGUGCGGGACAUCAUGACGCUUGGCGGUCGCGUUGCGAUCCCCGAGACGCAGUUGCAGGACCUGAGAAGCCUUCUCAACGCUGCUGCUGGCGUAGACGACGACUACGCCGAGGACGUCGAGUUGCCCUUGGCAGUGCAGUUCAACCCCCCGAUAACCAAUGCGCGUGAGGAGAAGACUCUGGUGCUGCCCGGCUUCGGCUACUACUUUGAUAUUGCGCCGGGACGAGAAUAUCCAGAGGUGAAGAUCUUUCUGAGAUUAUCCGCCUACGGGCAGGAUGACUUGAGCAUGGGGCGAGGCAUCACUGCAUGGAUGGCUGCACAUGGUAGAGGUGAAUACUGCCACGACUACAUGUCAGCACUAGAAACUCUUCCCCACGGCAGGCAGCUAAGCGAAGGCAAGGGAGUGCAUACUCAUGUCAGCUGCCUAUUCAAGAAGGAUGGAACCCUGGACAUUACGUCUUAUUUGGUUCCGGAAAUCUCGUCUCGACCUCGGAUGUUGUAUCAGAGCCAAGCAUAA